UCUGGUUUUGCUGAAAGGUAUCGGGAGCGUGUGACGCAUUUACUUCAAAAUGAUUACGCAUCUGAGCUGUCAGAUACUCAGGUGAGGCCCAAAACAUGGUAUCUCGCUCAUUUCGGAGUAGAUAACGUCAAUAAAAAGCGUCUGCGUUUGGUCUUCGACUCAGCAAAUAAGGUAAAUGGCUUAUGUUUAAACGAUUUCUUAUUAACAGGUCCCGAUUUGCUGUCGUCACUAUUUGGUAUUAUGUUACGCUUUAGGGAAAACAAGAUUGGAGUAACUGGCGACAUCAAGGAUAUGUUUUUAAGGAUCAAGAUUCGAGUCGAAGAUCAAAACGCUUUAAGGUUCCUAUGGAGGGACAACCCUACUGACGCACUAAAAACGUAUGUUAUGACAUCACUUCCGUUUGGGGCUAAUUGCAGUCCUUUUGUUAGUCAGUUUAUCAAAAACUUGAAAGCGCGACGGUUCGAGUCAACUAUGCCGGACGCUGUCGAUGCGAUAUGUAACUCGCAUUACGUAGAUGACUACAUAGACAGUUUUGCAGACGAAACCGCGGCCAUCAAAAUGGUAAGAAAUAUAAAUUUAAUUCACAGUGCCGGCGGUUUCGAGAUGAGAAACUGGACUAGCAACAGUGUCUCGGUUUUAAACAGUCUGCCAAAUCAAACCUUAGGUACAGCGGCCGUAAGGUUUAAAGUCGAUCAGCAGCAACAAGGUGAGCGUACUCUCGGCCUAAUAUGGUAUCCGGCCGAUGAUAAGUUGACAUUCGACUUAUCAUUAAAACGGAUUCCCGAAAGUAUUGUCAACGGUGAUGAGCGUCCUACAAAGCGUCUUAUGCUCAGGGUAAUAAUGUCGAUUUUCGAUAUUUUAGGAUUCUUAUCUCCUUUCACCAUUCAGGGUCGUAUUAUGCUGCAGGAUACCUGGCGGUUAAAUAUAGACUGGAAUGAUUACAUUCCGGAUGUUAUUUACAACAAGUGGCGAAAAUGGAUUGACCUACUUCAGGUAAUUAGCGACAUACGUAUACCAAGGUGCUAUCAAUCAGCUGUUCGCAAUCACAAUCACGGAGAUGACGAGUCUCCACCUGUGCGAGUAAGCGAGACGGCAGAUCACCUGAGCGGAGCAUCUGCUGGUACCCCGAGCGCGACGUUGCCGCUAUCGACGUUUGCGCCUGGCAACGUUGCGCCUACGUCAUGCGCUACGAAGGUCUACGAAUCCGUAGCAGAGCCUACAAGCGCUACGCGUACGGCAAAGUCAGACGCCGCGUCGCCUGAAUGUGUUGCUGUCGUACAUGAGGGUUCAAUUGGACUGGCUGUACCGGACCCAUUGCGGUUUUCUUCUUGGUUACGUUUGAAGCGGGCCACGGCUACGGUACUAGCGUUUAUCGACAGAUGCAAAGGUCUUCAAGGACAAGUUGAUUGCGGUACUAUGGAACGAGCUGAAAGAUUGCUUAUACAGCACGCACAGGCGGAGUCCUUCGGCAAAGAUAUCGUCACUAUUAAAAAUGGUAAGCCGUUGCACCGCACCAGUAGAUUGGUCUCUCUGUCACCGGUGUUUGACGAACAUAGUCUGCUGCGAGUGAGCGGCCGCAUAGAUGCUGUAACAGACGUACCUAUUGAUGUUAAGAGGCCGGUAAUACUCGAUGGUCGGCAUCAGGUGAGUAAGUUGAUCGUCCGAGAUUAUCACGUGAAGCUGGCGCACGGGAACCAAGAAACCAUAGUUAAUGAGGUAAAACAACGGUUCUGGAUCUUACGUCUAAGACCAACCGUCAAGUUCAUAGCUUCAUCCUGUAUGCUGUGCAGAAUCCGUAAGUGUCAACCGCGUAUUCCGCGAAUGGGGGACUUACCAAGGGCACGAAUGGCACAUCAUCAGCGUGCAUUCUCAUACUGCGGUUUAGACCUGUUCGGACCGAUGGAGGUCGUCGUGGGACGACGCCGUGAGAAAAGGUAUGGAGUUUUGUAUACUUGCCUGACGGUGCGCGCGAUCCACAUUGAGCUAGUCUCCUCUCUGACUUCGGACUCGCUGAUAAUGUCGCUGCGUCGGAUGGCGGCUAGGCGUGGCUGGCCAUCACACCUGUUCUCCGAUAAUGGGACGAACCUGCGUGGCGCCUGUACUGAGUUGCAGCGAUCGAUGCAGGAACUGAACGCCGAAGAGCUGAAAAGCUACGGUGCCAACAAAGGUAUGGAGUGGACUUUUAUCCCUCCCGCUAGCCCCCAUUGGGGUGGGGCGUGGGAGAGGCUAAUUCGUAGCGUAAAAACGUCUCUCAAAGUAAUUUUAAAUGAGCGUGCACCACGGGACGAAGUUUUAAGCACGCUUAUGGCGGAAGUCGAGAAUAUAGUGAACUGUCGUCCCCUGAUGCACGUCUCUGUAGAAAAUGGAGGUGUGGAAUCACUCACACCGAACCAUUUCCUUCUUGGCACGUCGUCAAAUCUGCCUACUAUCGGUUCUUUUGACGGAUCUGAUCUGUACCUACGGAAACACUGGCGUACAGCUCAGCGGCUAACCGAUAUGUUCUGGCAGAGAUGGUUGAAGGAGAUCCUACCCGACCUCAUACCAAGAAGGAAAUGGCACGAGGAAAGGAAGCCGCUGCAAGUCGGCGACCUCGUCCUUGUUGUGGACCCGAACUCUCCCCGCAACAUGUGGCCAAAAGGUUUGGUCACUCAAGUGUUUGCCGGUAAGGACGGGCGCAUAAGGCUGGUGGAGGUAAAGACCAGGACUGGGACUUGGCGUCGGUCUGCGGCACGCAUCGCACCUAUCUCUUUAGUUGAUUAG